CCCACCCUUCACCAGAGCGGAGCGAGAUGUAAACCGGACUCUGCGUGGUCUAGACCGGCUGGACGGACCGGGACGACCAGUGGGACCGGACCGGAACAUCGACGUGGCUCAUUGUAGGUUUCAGAGGUUCCGUUCGGACACCCAGCGCUUCCUUGAAACGGAGCCGAGUUGGAGUGGACCUCUGACGGCUGCAGCUCCAGCUGCGUCCCGCUGAUCUGAGACUGAAACAUGUACCAGGUCCAGGGGAGAGGGGAAAGGGUCGUUGCCAUGGUGCUGAAGGAGCUUCCUGGUAAAAAGGCCUCCUCUGAAGGAAACCCCCUCGUCACCGUGACAACCAAGCUGGUUGGAGAGCAGCAGGAGAGUCGGCCCCUGCUGAGCCCCUCCAUCGAUGACUUCCUGUCAGAGAGCCGGAGCGAUGCCACUUCCACCCGACUCCUCACCUCCAACACAGCAGUUCUGUCCACAACUCUGGACCUGGUAGACCUCAGUGAUCCAGGUGCGAGCAGCACCAGCAUCAGGGAGCUGAGGAGGAGCCCUUUAAGGAUGAAGGGCAGCUUCAAGAGUCCUCGACGCCGGGUCAGAACUGAGGAGACGGAGCUGAUCCAGGUAGAGGUGGAACACCUGCCUGCCAGUCCCAGAACACCUGAGAGGAUCUCGCUGGACUCAGUCAGUCUGUCGUCUCCUCUGGACAAAUGGGACGAGUUGAACCUGGACGUGGAGGACGGGGUACGCCGGAGGAGAUACGAGAAGAGAUGCACGUCCCACCACUCGUCCAGUGAACUGCUGUGGUCUGCAGAGUUUAAAACGGACCCGCUGAUGAAGAACAACUUUGACAUACACAGCUUCGACGAUCUGGACUUCAUUUCUUCAAAACAGGACUGUGCUGCAUCCAGACAGCGCAGACGAACCCGCUCUCUGCUGCUCAGAAACGAGUCUCAGGAGGACGAGUUUGUGCGAGCGAAGGCAGCGGUUGAGUCGGACACGGAGUUCUGGGAUAAGAUGCAGGCUGAGUGGGAGGAGCUGGCUCGAAGGAACUGGCUGGAGGAGUCGGAAGGUCAGCGUCCGAUCCCACCCACCAUCUCACCCUCCGAGCAGGGUUACUACUUUAAUCCCAACAACCCGUACAGAGACCAGUCCAGCGCCUUCGCCGAGGGUCAGGAGAAAGCUCGGGAGGGAGACCUGAAUGCCGCCGUCCUGCUGCUGGAGGCCGCCAUCCUUCAGGACCCCCAGGACGCUGAGGCCUGGCAGCUGCUGGGGAUGACUCAGGCGGAGAACGAGAACGAGCAGGCCGCCAUCGUGUCUCUGCAGAGGUGUCUGGAGCUCCGCCCCAACAACCUGCCGGCCCUCAUGGCGCUCGCUGUCAGCUUCACCAACAGCGGGAUGCAGCGGGAGGCGUGCGACGCGCUGCGGCGUUGGAUCAGACACAACCCACGCUACCGACACCUGGUCCUGGAGACCAGGAGCCCGCUACAGGGUUCCCCUGCCACGCCACGCAGGGGCCCCGGCUCCUCCACACUGGCCAGAUGUGAGCUACAGGAAGUGCUGAUCCUCUUCCAGGACGCGGUUCUGCUCAAUCUGGACUGCGUGGAUCCAGACCUGCAGACCGGACUGGGGGUCCUCUUCAACCUGAGUUCAGACUUCGACAAGGCGGUGGAGGCGUUCAGCGCCGCGCUGUCCGUCAGACCCCAGGACUACCUGCUGUGGAACCGCCUGGGAGCGACGCUGGCCAACGGAAACCGGAGCGAGGAGGCGGUGGAGGCCUACACCCGGGCCCUGGAGCUGCAGCCCGGAUUCAUCCGGUCCAGAUACAACCUGGGAAUCAGCUGCAUCAACCUGGGAGCUCACAGGGAGGCGGUCAGUAACUUCCUCACAGCUCUGAACCAGCAGAGGCGGAGUCAGCGCUGCAGCCACCAGCAGAUGUCGGCCAACAUCUGGGCUGCUCUGCGCAUCGCCAUCUCCAUGAUGGACCGACCCGAGCUGUUCCAGGCCGCCAACAUGGGGGACCUGGACCUGCUGAUGAGGGCCUUCGAUGUGGGGGAGGUGUGAGCGGUUCAGGGGGACCGGACGGAGACCAGAUGGAGACCAAAGAGAGGAGGACGGCUGCAGCGUAUUUACAGCACAACCCUUUACGAAGCCGAGGCUCGGAGCAGAACCGCUCGGAGAUCCGGCCUUAAAGCCAUCAGACUGUUGCCCCGCCCAGCGGUGAUGUCACUGUGACAUCAGUCAUCACUGCAGAAAAUUGUGUUUGAGGGAAACACAAACUGCUUUGCACUCCUCACGUGUGUUUACCCCCCCAGAAAAUUUUGAUUCAUUCUCAUAACACUGAAUACGUCAUAUAUGGAUUGAAUUAUUUAACUUGUAUGUUUAUUUAUUAGGUCAAAAUAUAUUUAUAACGUGAUAUAAAACGAUUACUGUAGCUUAUAAAUACUGUAUAAUCAUUACUAUAACUGAGCUUGUUUGGAUUUGAUCGCGUUAAACCGGAAUCUCGUUCGUUUAUUCUUCAGCUCCAGAAAGUUGAGUUUCAUGAGAAUCCAGAUGAAUCAGAUUCUUUUUUAUUUUCCCUUUUAUCAGACAGCUUGAACUCAUAUUUAGUCUCAUAAACAUCAUUUAAUUCAUCAUUAAACAUCUGUUAAAAGAAAAGAGUUGAUGUGGGAAAGGUUUCAGUUGGACACGAAGCUGGUUCAGACUGGAAACAUUCCAGGAAACUGGAAACGAUCCCAACCCU